AUGAGCGAGAUAGGGUGCCGCGUGGUGUCGACCCGGAGGGUAUUCCCAGCAACAGCUCUGCAAGAGCCAACAGUAACCAAACUAUCUAUCAUCGACGCAUCAAUCGCAAGACUCUCCCCAUGCGGGGCAACCUGGUUCUACGACCGCGCCGAAGGCAUCGAUGUCCAUGAUCCCCUUCUCUUCCGCCAUCUAGAAGAAGCCCUACGGCAGACCCUAGACGACUACCCGCACUACGCCGGCCAACUGCAAUGGGCCACCAAAGAGCAAGUAGCAGGCGACGCGAACCCUCGCCACACCGGCCGCCCAGUCGUCGUCUACAGCACCCCCGCCGACCCCGGAAUCGAGCUGGUCAUUGCAGAAGACAGCCGGGAGCUGAGCUCACUGGUGCCUAGUCUGGAAGAGCGGUCGACGACGAAGCUGUGGAAUGCGACAGACUUCCCGCAGGAUGACUUCCUCCCCAAGACGCCCAUUGCCCUCUCCCCCCUGGCGAGUUUCACAGGCCGACCGGCCAUGGCUGCUCAGCUGACGGCUUUCGCGUGUGGUGGAUUCGCAGUCGGCGUCAAGAUCGCGCACUGCUUGUCUGACGCUAUGUGUCUGCUGCAGUUCGUACAUGCGUGGGCGGCUCGGUCGCAGACGCUGUUCGGGGCUCAAGAUGCGGCGGCAUCCGUCUCUGUGAAAACUCCCGCAAAGCCGCUAUUCGAUCCCGCACAGCUCGACCAGCAUGCCGGUCUCACCGCCGACGGACUCGAGCCCGACGCCGAGAAGGUGCGCAAGGCAAGAGCCCUGCCCAUGCACCGUUUCGACUGGUGGGCGACAGGCGCGACCGGAUACCCAAGCUGGGCCCUCCCAUCCUCCAAGGCGACCAUGCCACCACCCGAAGAGCUGCGCCAUCUGGAGCUGAGCCCGUCGACCCAUCCGCCUUGGCCGACGUGGAACGCAGCAGCCCUCGUAGAACAUGUACAGAUCCGCUUCGGCGCCGAAGAAGUCGCGCGCCUGAAGGGGGCCGCCGAGAAUAGCCUGCCAGAAGCCCUCCACGGCCAGCGAAUCUCGCGCCAGGACGCCGUCCUGGGACUCAUCUGGAUCCUGAUCAACCGCGCGCGGCAGCAGCAGCACCACACCGACAACAACAACAACAACAACAACAACAACCAAGACGAGCCCGUCUACAUGGACAUCACCCUCGGGCUGCGCAGCCGCGUCGACCCACCGCUCCCAGACAGCUUCGUCGGGUCACCCAUCCUCCUGGGCUACAUAAGCAAGCCGACCGGCUUCGAGGCCAGCACCGCGCCGCUCGGUUCGGUCGCGGGCUCGAUACGGCAGAUGAUGUCCCGGUUCACGCCCGAUGCCAUGGCCGCGUACCUCCACGACGCGGCGCACGAGGUCAGUCCCCAGCGGCUGUGGCAGGCGUUCCUGGGCUCGCGCCACACGCUCGUCACGUCGUGGGCGCGGGCGCGCGCGUACGAGGUCGACUUCUUUUCCGGGUUCGGGGAGGAGGAAGGGCGACUGGCGCGGUAUGUGCAGGGCAUGAUGCCGAAAAUGGACGGUCUGGUCCAAGUCAUGGAUGUUGCGGACACGGGGGAUUUUGAUAUCAGCUUGUGUCUGGAGAAGGAGGCUAUGCAGAGAUUGGUCCGGGAUCCUGUGCUCAGGGCCUUCGAGGGUAAGCUUGCGGGCGUCUGGGGAGGGUCCGUAUACGGCAGACCAGAGAGCAAUUUGUCUCAGGAGGAAAAUGAGCCGUCAUAA